CCCAAGAGAAGUGAAGGCUUGAUAUGGCUUGCUGCGAACCGGUCUGGCAAAGAUGUCAUGUGGAGCGACUUGGAGGUGAUGAGAAACAAAACAAACUGCCAUAUUGAAAAAGUUACCGGGAUUCCUGAAGGAUUGAUUUUGUUCAUUCAGAAGCGACAAGCAUAAAUUGAAUUCCUUGGAUGUGUGGAUUCAUUUUAACAACAUAACAGGCUCCCUGUGGUGUUUUGAAGAAAAAGUUUUACGAGCACUUUGAGCAUGACUGCGGUGACAAGCGUGACUCAAGUGAAGAUAUAAAAAUGCUGCUGUGGAACUCUGCUGCAGUCGAGGAUCUGCACGGGAACAGCAGUGACAAUGGGGUCGGAAAUGUGGAACGGGUCCUCGUCCCUAUUUUUGAUGCCGUGAUCUUGGUUUUGGGUGUCGGGGGCCACACAACGGUGAUGGUGAUCCUAUGCAGGAGGAACAGGGGGAGGCCGGCUCGGUCAGGAACAGGUACGGACAUCCUCCUGCUGGCCCUGAGUUUUGCGGAUCUUCUUCUGCUCUCCACGCUUCCCUUCCACACGGCCGCCAUCGCCUUGCAACGAUGGCCUUUCGGGGAAUUCCUGUGUCGUCUGGCGGGAUUUUUGGGAUCGGCCUGCACCUCGGCCAGCGCUUUUACGUUGUCCAACCUGGCGGUGUCGCGCUACAUGACGGUGGUGCACCCCACCAGAACUUACCGCUUCCUAUCUCCACGCCACGUCGCCAUGACGGCCGCACUUCUUUGGGUCCCGGCUUGCGCUCUGGCGGCACCCCAGCUGGUGUUUCGUUUUGUAGGAAGCUCUCCAGAUAACCCGGACGCCCUUGCUUGCUUUGCUUUCCUCUACCACCAGGAUCAGCUCAUUUAUGGAUUGGUCCACUUUUUGGUGGCCUUCUUGUUCCCCCUGGUCACCAUCGCCAUCGCUUACGGUAAUAUCUACCUGUUCCUGUGGAGGACUCGGAACGCCGUUCAGGCUCCUCAAGUCGAACGUUACCAGAGCAAGGUCACCCAAACGUCAGCAAUACUGGUGCUGGCGUUUACUCUGUGCUGGCUGCCUUCUUACGGCUUAACACUGGCCUUGCUAUCUGACAAAAGCUCAGGGGCCACCGGCUCGUCGCCACGUUACGGCCCGUUCAGCGUGUUCGCACGACUCAUGGCCAUCGCGUCGACGGUGUUGAACCCCAUCCUCUAUGUGCUCAUCUCCCAAAAGUUUCGACAGGAUCUGCUGAGGCUGUUCAAGAGGGAAAGGAAGCGAGCCAAUGGGGGUGGGGCCAUCUGAUUGACAGUAAUUACUCAGCGGCUACGCAAACACGGGGCUGAGUCACACCACUUGUAAUUACAAUUAAUCAUUUGAAAGACUGCUAGGAAAGAACGGGCACUCCAGAGGAUUACUCAAGUUGGGAGGAAUCUCACUGCUUGGUUGAAAUCAUGCAUAGAAAUCAGUGACGACACCCCCCAAAGGAAUGUUGAGAUCACCAAGAAGCAGGAAUACUCACUC